GUCCACAGCUGUGCAGCUCACAUGGAAGCAUUUUAAGUCAGGUGCAACAACAAAAAGGCAUUACAAACCUCCAAACCGAAUACACUCAUGUUAUCUUGUGUUUUCAUAUCAACAUUAUUAAUAUGGCAUCAAUGCACUCUCUUUCCCUCUCUGCUAUAAAUAUAUAUACCUUUCAUCCUCACCUCCUCGUCAUAUCUUUCUUCUCCAAACAUGAAAAUCUUCUCAAUCUUCUUCAUCGCCAUUCUCCUCAUACAGGGGUUUGGAGAGGCAUUGCUCAUGGAUGACUUCAAUAAUUCUGUGACCCAAAUCAAUGAAGACGGUAGAGACGGAGCCCUUUUCAAAAAAAGUCAUCAUCCAAAAAUAAAUUGUGGACAUGCAUGCGCAAGAAGAUGUAGGAAAGCAUCAAGAAAGAAUGUGUGCAGCAGGGCAUGCAAGACAUGCUGCCGAAGAUGCAACUGCGUCCCGCCGGGAACUUACGGCAACAAGCAUCUUUGCCCUUGCUAUGCCCGCCUUAAGACUCAUGGAAACAAGCUUAAGUGUCCAUGAUUUGUCUUGACAAAUAACAAACUAUCAGGCUGGGGUGUGAGGGAGUUUAAGAUGGGCGAUUCUACCUUUUGUCACAAGCAUGUUAUCAACCUAAUAAGACGGAUCGGAUAAUAUAUUAUUAACAUGACAAUGUAAUAAUUAAAAGAAUAAAUAGACUUCCAUCAUUCGUUAUUGUUGUCUAAAAUUUAAAAUACUUUUAAAACAUUGCAUUUUCCAAUCUUGGUAAUAAAGGUAAUGAUGGUUUAUGUGUUA